GGGCAACCGGUGCUAAGUUUUCACGUUAUCAAUGCUUAUAUAUGCACGAAAGUGACGGACCGUCGUUUAGUCCUCGCUUAGAAGAGCAGAGACCAACCUAGUACUUGAAGGCUGCAAUGGAGUUCAGUUCAGGGAAGUACCAAGAUGGCUGUGACGUUGCAAAGCUAUCUAUAUCUCAACCCGACUGGGAUUGUCUGCCGGCGGAUGCACUGGCAUGCGUGGGAGCUCGCUUGAAGCCUCCCGCUCUUGCCUCAGCACGGCUGGUAUCAAAGUCUUGGAGGUUAGGAAUCUCCUUGGGAGUCACAAAACUGCAGCCCAAGCUGCAGAGCAUAGUGGGGGGCCGUGGUUCCUUGUAUCUCUCAAGGAUGCGCUGGGAUGAAAUGAAGCACCUGCUGACUGUGUUCAGCGGCUGCCAGGAGCUGAAUCUUGUGGCCGAGAAAGUGACAGCCAACUGCGCGCUCCACUUUGAGGCAGCACACCGACUGGCGCGCAUCAAGAUCAGGAGCGAUUGCUUCGAGCCUGCUAGCUGCCGCUCAGGCUUCCAAGAAAUGCAGAUCUUCUUGGAGAUCCUGCAGGCACGGGCACCAAAGAUCACUGUUGACCUGGACGUUCACAUUGACGGCGACGAAUUCAAAUCUUCCUAUGACAGCUCGCUGCAGCCCCUUGUGAAGCUUCCUCCCAACGUCAAGGUCACUGCUCUGGAGCUGAUCUACAUAACCCAGGCCACGCGCAAGAUACUGGAUGUGGCGACCUUCAAGCAUCUCACAGCGCUGGACAUCAGGCUGAGCGGGGACGGCUUCAUAGAUGACAGCACUUUUGCGCUCGUGGGACAGCUGACACUGCUGGAGGAGCUGUCCCUGCACUGGCUGUCUCGUGUCUCUGAGGAGGGCCUGAAUGAGGGACUCAGCAGCCUUGCCAGACUCACCUCUCUGAAACUCAUCGAUGUCACAAAGGUGACAGACAGAGUAGUACAGAGCUUGCAGAAGGCCUGGCUGAAUCUGGGGAGCCUGAGCCUUUCAAAUUGCUAUUUGCUGACAGAUACAUCCCUGGGUGUCUUUGAGUCUCUGCCCAGCAUAUACAACCUCUUUCUCAGCGGCAAUGGGCAGUUCUCAUCAAAAGCCAUGACGAAAGUAAAGAGGAAUGUCAAGCUGACCAUUUUCAGGCAGUGCGGCAUUAAUUGGGCUUCAUCGAUUCAGCUGCCGGCAGCUUGA